AUGUCCGAGACAGGUGCCGGCGACGAGCACUCAUCACCGAGGACCGAUCCGAACUCUCUUCAUGACAGCGACAAGCCAGAUCAUUCAGAUCAGCCCCCUCGCAAGCGCCAGCGCGUGCGACUCUCAUGUUUGGAGUGUCGACGCAGAAAGCUGUCGUGCGACCGAGGCUUUCCCUGCGAGAGAUGCUUGAAGUCGGGCACUCCAGAUCGCUGCACUUACGAGACGCGACCUGGUAUUGCUCCUCCAACAAAGACCGGCUUAGGUCUCUCAUCUUUUGACGGACGUCUGUCUUUGCCAAAUGGCCUCGGCGAGUCGCUCCUUCGCAAGGAUUCCUUGCGAGAUUAUGAUCGCAUUCGGAGACUAGAGCUUGAGGUAUCUACCCUCAAGAACCUACUGUUGAAGCAAGCAGGGAGUGAUGGGAGCACGCUCGUAGAGCACUCUCCUUCCGCCCUGCGACUUGAACCCAGGGAGCAGAUUACCGAGGAGUCAGUGCUGCCACCAUUUCUUCAGUACCAUGACGCCGGUGCCGACAAGGACGAGCUGCGCUUCUUCCGUGGCAAGGAGUUCAAGACUCGAUAUUUCGGGCCACACAAUGCCUGUAUGGCAUUCAGUGAGCUCACUGGAUUGACUCCAUUCAUGAGAGAAACAGCUGAGGAAUGGCUUAAACCCCUUCACAUCGCUCAAAAUCCGAAAGAUCGCCCGAAGAGGAAGGUCGAACGGGAGAAGAAGUAUCAGGAGCCUGACCUAGAGCUUGAGGCUCUGCUUCCGUCCAAGAAUGAUACUGAUGCUCUAGUCUCGGUUUAUCUUGACCAAUUUGAACAGCUGCACCGUAUCAUUCACAUACCCUCUUUCCGCAGAGAAUAUGCCACCUUCUGGGACCCGACGAAACCAAGAUAUGCUGCCCUCACUGCUCUCGUUCUUUCAAUGAUGUCCAUAUCCAGCUGCAUGAACAGCGGUUCGUCUCCAUCCAAGUUUGUCGGGAUGGUGUCUUGCUCUCAUCAGACCGCUGAGAAGUGGAUCAAGGCGUGUGAAGAGUGGCACCGACGACAGAGCCAGAAGCACCGAAAGCUCAUCCACUACCAGAUUUCGUGUCUACUUUAUCUUGCCAAACGGGUCAACACAGUUAAGAAGAAGCGAUUUUGGACUGGAUCAGGUAUCCUCGCUCGAGACGGCAUAUCCCUUGGCCUUCAUCGAGAUCCGGUUCACAUGCUCAAAGCUAAGAUUUCACCCUUCCACCAGGAAAUGAGACGAAGAAUCUGGGCAACUAUUCAAGAGUUUGACUUCCAAGCUGCUUUUGACCAUGGCCUCCCGACGAUUGUCAGCUCCCUGCACUUUGACGUUAACCCGCCACGAAACCUUAACGAUGAGGACUUUGAUGAGGACAGCAGCGAAUUGCCGCCAUCUAAGCCAAUCACCGAGUACACUAUGGCUUCGUAUCAGCAUUUAGCUCGACAAAGCCUGCCACUCCGGCUCGAAUUGGGUCGCCUACUGACCGGACCUCCGGAGGAGAUCGAUUACGAACAAGUCAUUCGAUACACGGACAGUAUAACCCAGGAGAUUGAUUCGUUGCCCUCCUGGGAUACCUCAGGAGAUACUACCUCGGAGGGCUCCAAGAAACCCCUUCUAGCGUACACGCUGCUACAUAUUCAGCUGAGGCAGUAUAUCAUCCCGCUACAUCAGCCUUAUCUUCGAAUGCGCAAGGCGAAUUCGCGCUAUCAGUUUUCUGAGAUCAUGUACUACAAUGCGGCACGAGACAUGGUUCUGUUGCACGAUAAAUUGACCCAACAGGGUAUCAGAACAUUGAACUUCUUGCGUGAAGAUGCCCUGACACUUGCCGUUAAUCUUUGCAGUGUAACCUUGCUGCAGCCACGCGGCUCGACCAACAUGAUCAUGGUUAACUCGCAACACACGAUCAGCCUGUUGGAGAAGUGUCUGGCUAUGAAGGAAGACCGCAUCCUGCGCUGCGGCAACAACGAACCAUGGGGCUACUCGAUCAUGUGUGCCGCGUAUGGCUUGCUUGAGACGCAUCUAGGCCUCAAGGAUUCCCAAAGUGCCAAGUCUAGCUGCGCGGAGCGAUUCAUCAACCUCCACUAUCGUCUUCUUGCCGGACAGGAACCUCCAAUCUCCAGCCAGCAGUCCGAUGUCGGCGUGGCUGCAUCCACUCGCCCUGCCGUCCCAGACUUCUUUGAACGCGCCAAAUCAGUCACGCCUUUGCCUCCUCUCGCUUCUCAGGGUUCAGUAACCCAGGUGGAAGUGCCUUCUACACCUUGGUGGUUGCCGAAUGGUGACCCAACACCAACUAUGCAGCCAAUCAAUCCUGAUUUCAGCAUGGAACUCUUGGGCUUGAAUUUGAACGAACUAUGGGCCGACACCUAUGAUGGCUUCCCGUAG